CCCCGCCCCGGAAGUGCCGUCACCCUCAGAGCUGAGGUGAAUGCGGAAGUGGAGCGGGGUGUAGAGGAGGGGACAGGUAUGUGAAGUGUACAGGUCCCAAUGCCCUCGCUGGGUCGUUUUCUGUGUAAUGGGCCAUCACAAUGUUGUAUUUUUCCAGCUUCUACGUGUGCCUUUGUUGCCUUUUCACCUGGUCAGUCUUCCUCUCAGCUUCCACACAUGCUGCCUGUUUUCCCUCCAGUAACGACGCCAGUGCCACAAGUCUGGGAGACGAGCUGACCUGGGCUGUCCGUCUGGACCCCUCUCAAGGCUCUGGACGGAGAGAGGAGUUGGAUGCCCUUGCCAAUGAACUUUCAGAUGCCGCAGGACUUGAAAACCGAGGUGUUAUAGGGGAAUUAAAGGACCAUUACCUGUUUGUACAUAUAGGUGAUGCACAGUGUCGUGAUGAAGUUCGUAAGACAAUCCAUGACCUUUUCACACAACAUGACAGUGUGAGAUGGUUCUCAGAGCAAAAACUACUGAAGAGAUCCAAAAGGAGUUUGCACUUUAAUGAUCCAAAAUACCCAUUGCAGUGGCAUUUGAACAAUACUCGGUACCCUGGAAUGGACAUUAAUAUUACUGGUGUGUGGGAAAGAAAUGUUACUGGCCAGGGAGUCACUGUGGUGGUCGUAGAUGAUGGUGUCCAGUAUACAAACCAGGACAUUCAGUCAAAUUAUAGUCCGGAAGGUAGCUAUGACCUCAACUCUAAUGAUCCAGACCCAAUGCCUCAUCCUGACAAAUUUAGUGACAACCAUCAUGGAACCCGUUGUGCUGGGGAAAUUGCUGCAGUACCCAACAAUAAUUUCUGUGCAGUUGGUGUGGCCUAUGGAAGCAGAGUUGCAGGGAUCCGAGUUCUCGAUGGCCCUCUCACAGACAGCAUGGAGGCAAUUGCUUUCAACAAACACUAUCAGAUCAAUGAUAUCUACAGUUGCAGCUGGGGCCCUGAUGAUGAUGGAAAGACUGUUGAUGGACCUCAUCAGUUGGGAAAGGCUGCCCUACAGCACGGAGUCAUUGCUGGACGGAAAGGAUUUGGAAGCAUUUUUGUAGUGGCCAGUGGUAAUGGAGGCCAAUACAAUGAUAACUGUAAUUAUGAUGGAUAUGCCAACUCUAUUUAUACUGUCACUAUAGGUGCUGUUAAUGAAGCUGGUAAAAUGCCUUUCUAUGCAGAAGAGUGUGCUUCAAUGUUGGCAGUGACCUUCAGCAGUGGGGACAGGCAGAUGAGGAGUAUUGUGACUUCAGACUGGGACUUGCAGAAAGGCACAGGUUGUACAGAAGGCCACACAGGAACUUCUGCAGCGGCUCCCAUUGCUGCAGGAAUGAUUGCUCUGAUGCUGCAGGUCCGAUCUUGUCUGACAUGGAGAGAUGUCCAGCAUAUAAUCGUAUUUACUGCAACAAAGUAUGAAGACCGUUUUGCAGCAUGGGAAACCAAUGGAGCGGGGUUCAGUCACAGUCAUCAACAUGGUUUUGGCUUGUUAAAUGCCUGGCGUCUCACCAAUGCUGCCAAGAUUUGGGAGUCUGUCCCCUAUUUAGCGUCCUUUGUGAGUCCUUUGCUAAGAGAGAACAAGAACAUUCCUCUAGUUCCCAACAGGCUGGAGUUAAGCUGGAAUGUGACUGCUUCUGACCUCCUGCUCUCUGGAAUGAGGACCUUGGAGCAUGUAGCAGUGAUGGUGACUAUCGCACACCCGCGACGUGGGAACUUGCAGCUACAACUCUUUUGUCCCAGUGGGGUGUCAUCCCUCAUUGGAGCCAUGAGGAAGAUUGACAAUGAUCCAAGUGGCUUUUCUGACUGGACAUUUUCAACGGUUCGCUGUUGGGGGGAAAAUGCUGAAGGAAUGUACAGACUGAUGGUAACUGACCUAGGAGAUGAAACUUUAAAAAAAGGCAUUUUUCAGACAUGGCAGCUAACACUUUAUGGUUCUUCCUGGACACCAGAAGAUGUGGAAGAGAGAAGAAGGCUUGUGGAACUUGCUCAGAGUGGUGAGUUUCUCAAUGAAAACUUUUCCCUGCCUUGUCCUCCUGGCCUGGAGAUAUCUGAACAGGAAAGCUAUACCAUUACUAAUAACACCCUACGGACUCUCAUGCUCCUGGGAUGUUUUGCUGUGUUUUGGUCCCUAUACUAUACUAUGGAGCUGUACCUUUCUCGGAUAUCCAGUAGUAAAGAUCUAGAUCUUAGCUGUGAUGUUUCCCCUUGCAUCUGGACCCAACACCGAGCUGUUCCCAGCCCCCGGCAGCUAGAAGCAGGCACCGAGAUUGAAUCAUUACCUCUGUGUGGUUUAAAAGAUACUGUUCUGGAGGGUGAGGAAGAGGAGGAUGAUGAAGAUUGCAGUACUGUUCACAGGAAUCACUACAACUCAAAUCACAUUAGAGAAAAUCUAGUGUCUACAGGACAACAGGACACAGGCAAGGCUUGAUAUCCAACUUUAAUUUGCACAAAGAUUUGAGGCAAGUUGCUCAUGAGGUCGAUACAAAUGUAUAUGACUUAAAGGGUAUUGGAUACAAGUAAAAGUUUCAGUCCGGGGAAAAAAAGAAAAUGCUAAGAACAGGACACAGUGGUUAAUACAAAACCGCCUGUGCUUGUCCAGAUGUAAUAUUGGAUUUUUGCCUUAUCUUAUCUUGUUAAAUGAGGACUAUGGAAAUCCGCUUCUAGAAUCUUCCCUAUGAGAUGGUUUUAGAUCAUUUCUUCAGAUGCUGGAGGUUUGGCACUGUAAACAAGCGUUUAUUUACUGAUUUAACUUUUGAUACGGGUGAUCAUUUUUUAAGCAUCUUAAAGGGACACUGCAACUUAAAAAAAUACAAAAAGUAUUUUUACAAAAAACUUUCAGUGUAUUUUUAUGAAGAUAUGAUUUCUUUAAAAUGGAUCUCACUUUUUCCUUCCCAACAAGAUAGUUUUCUACCUAUGAUACAGUGGAAUUCCUUUAAUUCAGCAUCCACGGGAUCAGGCUAGUAUCUAAUUAUCAUAUAAUCCAGGUUAUUGGGCUACUUUAAACCAUUUGAAUGUAACUAUAAUAUUUUACAAGUAAAGUUUUUUUCUUCCUGUUCAUAGCAUUUGUUUUUUAGGUAUCUGUGAAAAUUCUGUAAUAUUUACAGAACUGCACAAUGUUAUAAGUUGGUUUUAAGAAAACAUUAAAAAUGAUGUAUAAUUUUAGAUA